GCACGUAUAAACCCUAGCAGAGGCAUUAAACCCUGAUAAAGUUUUCUUGUCGUCUAGUAGUUAGGGAUCACUUCUCUCCGGCGAAACAAUCACUCGAAAAUCGAUCCUAACCUCAAUUGAUUGAAGGAAGUAAUGUAUUCGCUUUCGAGGAUUCUCCGAAGGAGUCGAAGAUAUAACUUUGCAUCUUCCUCGUUUGGUGCGGUCAGUAAAUUAGAAGUAUCAUCAAGUGGUGGUGACAAAGAAAGGGUCUUUAAAUCAUCUGGACUGAUUUAUAAUAAAUCUCAAGGUUUAAUCAGACUUUAUUCCACAAGAGAUGUGUUUUCACGGUUCUUUGGUAUCCAUAAGCUUUCUUCUAUAGCUGAUGCUAAAGACAAAGGAGAUGAGGUAGUAAGGGAAGAGGAGUUGUCUGAAUCAGAGGAGGCGUUUCCUGUUUCUGGGGAUGUAUCAGAGGGAGUUGUUGAUGAUGAUUCUUUGUUCGAGUCUGAGGUUGCUAGUGACAAUGAUGGUCUUGAAAUUGAAAUGGAACACUCAAAAGGUGGGAAACCAACAAAGAAAAGAGCUCAAUCUGAGCUAUAUGAAUCCAUUGUUGCCUAUAAAUCAGUGAAACAUGUUCUUGAAAAAUGGGUCAAAGAAGGAAAAGAUUUGAGUCAAGCUGAGGUUUCUCUUGCUAUAUUCCAUCUGCGUAAACGUAAAUACUAUGCUAUGUGUUUACAGUUGUGGGAGUGGUUGGGAGCUAAUACGCAGUUUGAGUUCACAGAGGCAAAUUAUGCUUCUCAACUGGAUUUGGUGGCCAAGGUACAUAGUUUACAAAAAGCUGAAAACUUUUUGAAGGAUAUUCCAGAAUCUUUCAGGGGAGAAGUGGUAUACAGAACCCUGCUGGCAAAUUGUGUACUUAAGCAUCAUGUAAAUAAAGCUGAAGAUCUUUUUAAUAAAAUGAAAGAACUAAAAUUUCCAACAAGCGUGUUUGCUUGCAACCAGCUGCUUCUCCUCUACAGUAUGCAUGAUAGAAAGAAGAUAAGUGAUGUUUUGUUGCUAAUGGAGAGAGAAAACAUCAAGCCGAGUCGUGGUACGUAUCAGUUUUUAAUCAAUAGUAAAGGUUUAGCCGGGGACAUAACUGGAAUGGAGAAGAUCGUGGAGACAAUGAAGGAAGAAGGUAUCGAAGUAGAUCCAGAACUGCAGGCUACUCUGGCUAAGUACUACAUAAGAGCGGGGCUUAAAGAACGAGCACAAGACCUUAUGAAGGAGAUAGAAGGGAAAGGUUUGCAACAAACUCCAUGGGUGUGCCGGUCAUUACUCCCACUUUAUGCAGACAUAGGAGACAGUGACAAUGUGAGAAGACUGAGUACGUUUGUUGAUCAAAAUCUGAGAUAUGAUAAUUGCAUUUCUGCUAUUAGAGCAUGGGGAAAGCUGAAGGAAGUGGAAGAAGCAGAGGCAGUGUUUGAGAGACUUGUGGAGAAAUACAAAAUUUUCCCUAUGCUGCCAUAUUUUGCCCUCAUGGAGAUAUACACAGAGAACAAGAUGCUAGCAAAAGGCAAAGAUCUGGUUAAAAGAAUGGGAAAUGCAGGGGUUACGAUUGGCCCGUCGACAUGGCACGCUCUUGUGAAGCUAUACAUCAAAGCGGGAGAAGUUGGAAAAGCUGAGUUGAUAUUGAACAGAGCUACAAAGGAUAAUAAGAUGAGACCUAUGUUCAUUUCUUACAUGGCGAUUCUCGAGGAAUAUGCAAAAAGAGGCGAUGUUCAUAACACAGAGAAGGUAUUCAUGAAAAUGAAAAGGGCAAGCUAUGCAGCUCAGCUUAUGCAGUAUGAAACCGUUCUGUUGGCUUAUAUCAAAGCCAAAACUCCUGCUUACGGGAUGUUUGAGAGGAUGAAGGCAGAUAAUGUGUUCCCAAACAAGAGUCUUGCUGCGAAACUGGCUCAGGUUAAUCCAUUUAAAAAGUGUCCAGUGUCUGUUUUACUUGACGAAUGACAAUAAUCAUCCUAUGUAUUGAGCGAGCUGUUUUGUUUGUUCUGUUUGCUUCCAAGCUAGGAAAUAAUAAAUAGAGGAUUCGUUUUUCUUCCAAA